ACUGUCACAUUCGGACGCUCUUUACAUUUAUCAGAUAACACUAUGCCCACUCUACUGUCCGCACGCUCACUCUUUUCUUCCUCAGUUUCCCACACUUUCUCAUCUCCCAAACACUCCCUAAAGAAUAAGUUCCUCUCUUUCUCCUCAAUUAAACCUUACUCUCGCUCCCAAAUCAAAAUGUCCUCAACAGCCAUUGAACACAUAGUCCUCUUCAAAGUCAAAGAAACCACCGACUCGACCAAAAUCAACACCAUGCUCACUUCCCUAAACGGCCUCGUUUCACUCGAGCCCGUCCUCCACCUCGCUGCCGGCCCACUCCACCGAGUGAAAUCAUCUCCGAUUCCGUUCACUCACAUGCUCCACAGCCGUUACUCUUCUAAAGACAACCUAAACACAUACUCCUCUCACCCUAGCCAUGUCAGCGUUGUUAAAGAGAAUGUUCUCCCAGUCUGUGAUGACAUCAUGGCCGUGGAUUGGAUUGCUGAUGAUGUUGACGCUGGAAAUCUGGUUCCACCUCCAGGAUCUGCAAUUAGAGUUACGUUUUUGAAAUUAAAGGAAAACUUAGGGGAGGAAGUGAAAAAUGAGAUUUUGGCUGUUAUCAAAGGCAUCAAAGGGAGUUUUGGGGGGGUUAUUAAGCAACUUACUUGUGGAGAGAAUUUCUCACCUGGGAGAGCUAAAGGUUAUUCAAUUGCGUCGCUUGCGGUUUUUGAUGGAUUGAGCGAAAUGGAAAUUGUAGAUGCUAAAGAAGAGAUGGUGAAUUUGCACAAAGAGAAGGUUAGGGAUUAUUUAGAGAGUGUCAUUGUUGUUGAUUAUGUUGUGCCGUCUCUACAAUCUGCAAGUCUUUAAUUUUGUCCUUUGGUGUUUUGCAAUGUUGUAUGUGCUGUAACUGGAUAAUAAUUUACUCCAUCUUGAAUAAUUUUAAUAAUCACAAUCCUGCCAUUUUACAAAA